CCAGUGUCCAACGCGGCAAAGAAACUGAUUACAACAUUCAGUUUUUCGACCAUCUCCCUAGGAAAUAUGCCGCCUGAUUCAAAAGAUCUUUCCUCUCUGAAGGAAAAAUCGUCUUCUUAUCACAGACUGCAAACUGCAGACUUUGAGGGAAUGAAAGGCAGGUAUCUUACUCCUGAAGAACUGAAAGGUUUUGACAAAUACAAAGUAAGUGUGUCAAGCUUGAGAUUAUUUGAAUUUUGAAGGUGAUCAAUCGCGCGGAAACUUUUCAGAAGUUUGUAGUGAUAUUCUAUUUUUUUUGCAUCUGUGUAGUACAAAUCAGAAGAUACUUCGCCUAUAUCAAUCUACAUAACGCAUCCAUUCUGGAAUUUCAUCGUUGAGGUGAGCUUUUAAACACACAGAAGAGUUGUCAUGUGGGGUAAUUCGGUUCAACUUAGGCUUAAGCUUAAGCUUAAGUUUUAACUAAACUUAAGCUUAACUUGUACUAGAUUUUUCAAAAUCUUAUUCAAACGCGCCAGUGACCAGUGACAGUCCUAAAAGAGUCGUGACUACCACAUUUGUUAUUUAACAGGAAUGAGCUUGUAAAACUUCACUUCCUUAAGGGGAGUGGCACGAAUGUAGUGUUGCUUUGUCUGAGAUUGCCAGUGAUUAUAUAUUCAGUGAUCUCGGUGCAAAACGCUUAUCCCUAUCACUCAAGUUUUUUUUGUGUAUUAUAGUCGUUAUUUAUAAUUUGUCUUAGAUUGGUCACACAGUUACCGAUCAUGACCUUUGACCCCACUUUACAGCUUCUAAUCAUGAGGGAAUGGUUAGUAGUGUUAGUAGGUAACAGCCAUUAUCAACACAUGUUGUCCUUGCACACCAAAUCAACCCUAUAGCUAUUGCCAGUGGGUAGCAGCAAUCAGUUAAAAUGUUGUGGUAAAUAACAGAGAGAUUGUUGUGAGACAAAAUGUUAAACAAAGGCUAUGUGUGGGUUCAAAAUUUGACAAAAUCAAUGGAAUCUAUUAGUUAGAGGUUCCAUGCUUUAAUUCUAUUCAUAGUGAUUCCUGCAAGCACCUUUUCUUUUGCUGGUAAAUACAAUACUACCCCCCCCCCCCCAAAUAAAAAAUAAUAAUAAAAUAAAAUAAUUCAUUAUUAUUAUUAUUACCAUAAUCAUAAACAAUGAGGAGCAUGUGUAUCCACAGUCUUGCUGUGCAUUGCAUGUAAAACUAACAAUAUUUUCUGUAUCCUAAAUUUGCAGUUUUUUCCUCGAUGGCUUGCACCCAAUGUCCUCACAUUUAGUGGCUGGUGCCUCCUGUUUAUGAUCUUCGCAGUGACUAGCUAUUAUGACCCUCAUUUUACUGCCUCAUCUCAAUCUGAUCCAGAAAAGCAUUUGCCAUCUGUAUGGUGGCUUAUAUUUGCAGUGGCACAGUUUAUUGCUCACACACUUGAUGGCUGUGAUGGUAAACAGGCACGCAGAACAAACAGCAGGUAUUGAAUUUAUCUCAUAAUAUAUACUGAAAAAUUUGUUCCUGUUCCUACUAACAGUGCGGAUACUGUACGCGAUCUAACACAUGUAGAUGCCCAGAGCAUCUAUUUAUUUUCAGAAGCCCAAGCAGAGGCUUUUAAUAAUAAAAGAGAGAGGCUUUUAUUCUCAUAACUCUAACAAACUCCAAAAAAACUUGUAUGCAUUCAACGAAUAUAUUACCAGAUUAUACAAAUUAAUAGCACACUGUAGUCCAUCCAUUUAUAUGUCUAAGCUGUUUAGAGCAAUUUGUUUUUUUUUAACUUCACCUUUCCAUGUCAGAAUCCUUACCUUGUGCAAUGCAUGAGCUCUUGUUAUUCAAACAAGAAACUGAAUAAAUUGAAUGGUUUUGCUCCUUCUUGCUAAUUCCUAGUAUUCUGGAGUUUAUACUACCACAUGAGAAGUUUCUGCAAUUUGAUUGGCUUAGAGCAGUGGUAUUUCAGCUUAAUUUGAAAUACCUACAUGUGAAAAUUACAAACCUUUUGUGGGUAGUAAGUAUAAACAAAUAAUAUUCACGACUCGUGAUAUUCCGAGUGGUAUUUAUGCUAAAUAUCACAUACAAAUCGUGCUAUGUGAGUGAAAUUUGAGACAAUUUUGAAAUAUUAUUUCAAAAUUGUCUCAAAUUUCACUCACCAAAUGGCUCAUGAAAUUAUGUGUAACAAUUUCGAAAUAUCCCUCGUGGUAUUUAUGCCAAAUAUCACUACAAAUCAUUCUGUUACCUAUACUACCUGUCAUAAGGGCAGCUAUUAGACAGGAAGCGUUUAUUAGAGUGGGGUGUCUAAUGCAAACUUGAAGGCAUAAUGGGGAUGUUUAUUAGACAAGAGGUGUUUAUUUGAGAGUGGACAUCUGUUAGAAAAUAUGCGGUAAUCAAAAUGUAUUACAAGAUUAAUAAUUUAGAAACCUAGUCAGAAGCAUGCUGCUGACCUAGUAUAAUGGCUAAAGUAUGGUUAUCAGUCUUCUGACAUUUAGUUCGGUGACUAGAACAUCUGACCUUUGUUGAGUUCACUUUGUUGUAGUGUUUUUUAUUUUCUAUUUUUAAAAAAAGGAAAAUAUAAACUCUUGUGACAUGAUGCACAAGUACCUGUUUAUGACAUUCUUCUUAAUUACAUACUUUAUUUUCAGUUCUCCUCUGGGUGAAUUAUUUGACCAUGGACUGGACAGCUCUGCAGCAUUUCUUAUGGCCAUCAGUUUGUUUUCACUGUUUGGUCAUGGUCCUCACAGCGUUACUCUUUGGGAACUUCAUUGCAUUUUGUUAGCUUGUUUGUUGGGUUUCUACACAGCACACUGGGAAAAGUACAACACUGGUACUUUAUUUCUGCCAUGGACAUAUGAUGCAAGUCAACUGGUAAGAUUGUUGACAAGUGUAGUUGUUAGGUUAGACUGAUACUGUAUCAUUCAUCUACAGUAGAAACUCGAUCCAUUGAACUUCUACAUGACAUGUAUAUUUUACAGGUCAAAUUUGAUUUCAGGUUACAAAUUUAACCUAGGUUGAUUCUCAAUAUAUUCUUUGGUCUCCUAGCUCUAAGAGACAUAGGAAAUUGAAAAUCAACCUAGGUUAAAACAAUUUAACCUGAAAUCAAAUUUGACCUGUAACAUUAUAUAUAAUGUAGUCCUUGGUAUAACAAAUUAUAUUUGUCAGCCCGGCCAAAAUUAAAGUAAAAUGUAUGGAAGAGAACCUCGUUAUAACAAACCUCAAUUAAAUGAAAUUCUCAUUAUAACGAACACAAUCCAGAAGCACAAACCUAUAAUAUACCUCGAUAUAAUGAAUAAAUGUCAACAUGUGACAAAAUAUGAAUGCCAAACAGUCCAACAAGGAUAAAAUUUGUGUGUACAGUCAAUUUUUUACUGCAAUGUGUGGUUCCAGGAAAUAUCCAGACCCCCACCACGGAGGGAAUUGGAAAUUCCAAGGGGGUGGGGGGGUCAGAGGCCCAGGAAAUUCCAAAAGGGAGGGGGGUUGGACCAUAAAAUCACUUUCCAGGGGGGCAAUAUCAUUUCGUUUUCGACCUGAGUUCGAACAUAGCUUCUUACCGACCUGGUAGAUCAUUUUUAGGACAUAAAUAACUUGAAAUAUAUCACUUAAGACUGUUCCUUUUGAUCUUAACUAGGUGUCCUUUCUUCCAAAAGCGUUUUGGAUGUAAUUUCAAAGGAAUUAGACCGACUACAACUCGUUUUAUCGCAUGCUCGUAUAUUCGGCCGCCAUUACUGGUUACCAGUCUUCCUCAAACCAUCAACGCGUGCAACACAUCACGCAACUAAAAUCACGUUGCGUCAGUCGAUCGAUAGAUCAGAAGAGUUGCAAUUUUUGCCUCACGAAGCACAAGCUAUACAUUGUAACCACUUAAUGAAGAGUUUUUAUUCUCCUUUCCAUUUUCCCUUAAUUUUGUGGUUGAACGUGUGGCAUGUUCUUGAUCGAAUUCUCGCCGAAAUGGUGUCGAUUUCACCAAACAUUUUUAUACGGCCAUCGCGCAUCACGUCGCAUCAGUCGAUCGAAAAACAGUAAAUUGAACUUGGUUUCCCUUCAAUUACCUUCAAAAUGCAGGGGGGUAUUCAUUGUUAUCAUUUCAGAAUUCAGAGAUUUUAUUCUCCUCUUUGUUUUGCAUUAAUUUUGUUGUCGUUUGUUUGACUUGUUCUGCAUUCACGCACGAAAUGGCGUUAAUUCUAUCAACAUUACGCCCAUUAGACGAAUAACAAAUCGUAAGCUUGCCCUGAUUAAGGUAAAUUCACAAAUAUAACCGACUUAUUAACUUUCUCUGUUUCAUUUAAAGUAAGAGAUGAGCAAAAAUUAAAGAUCAGGUUACUUUGUGGUGGUGUAGUGUGUUUUGAUGUUGCGAGAUCACUCAAAUAAAUGGAAACAGAAGCAUACAAGCUUCUGAUGGAAACCGUUGGGUACUAACCAUAAGUUGCCUCAUUCUUCUACUUUAAUAGUCUUUCUUUGUGAAAAUGAACUUUUCCAGAGGGGUUGGGGGGUCUUUGUCACACUUGUGGAAAUUCCAGAGGGGUGGGGGGUCAUCAGUUCCCUGCAAAAAUGGAAAAUCCAGGGAGGUGGGGGGGUCCUAAGUGAAAUUCCCUCCGUGGUGGGGGUCUGGAUAUUUUCUGGAACUACACAAUGGCCAGAUUCCCUCAUGACAGUUGAUACUUUUUCUGUGACCACUCUCAGAAGCAACCAGCUCUAGGCAUUGUGAACACGAUUGGAAUUGUGAUGAAACAAGACCCCUAUAGCGGGGGUUCAUUGGUCUGCCGACUGCGCAUUUUAAUCUGAGGCUGUACAGUAACGUCUACUGUUAUGAAUAAAAACAGGCACUUAUUUAGCCUUUUGAAACAAGAAACAAUUAGCAUUAUUUUUAACUGGGACUUUCCACAAGGUACCCCCUUCCCCAAAAAAUACACAGUCAAACCUCUUUAAUACGGACACCAAGGGGACAGAACCAAGUGUCUGCUUUACAGAGGUGUCCGUAUUAUAGAGGUAGGGAAUGUACGAUUUUUGGCAUUUCUGGGAGCAAAGGAACUGUCCGUAAUAGACAGGUGUCCAUAUUAUAGAGGUGUUCAUAAGUAAAGAUUAGACUGUAGUCUGACAGUAUAAUGUGACUAAUUUGAUCUAACCGGAAACUCCAAAACUUAUGAAAUGUGACAGGUCAACUUUUGGGGUUUUAAAUACUGUUAUAAACAGCAAAUAUUUUUGUCUUUUCCAAAUCAACUUCAAGUCUGUUCACCAUAUCAUGACCUGAAAUGACCCUUCCCCUCCCUGCAUAAGUUGGCUUCAUUGAAGGGAAAUGGGAUAUGUAAAGCCUUCUGGGAGUUCCCUCCACCAUUUUGUUUUUUUUUUCCACAUAGGUGGAAGGUAUUUCUUAAUUGGGCAUUGCCCUCACGGGCAGCCCAAUAAUUAUUAUUUUAUCAAUUUAUCCGAUAGUCAGUUGCUUGUUGAAGCAUUUAACAAGGAAAAUUAAACUUAAAAACAUUACUCAAUGUUUUGAUGUUUCAAACAGCAUCAACAAGUGAUAAUAUUUCAAAACAUCAAGUAACAUUUUUAAGUCUACUUUUUCUUUAUUUAUUAUGAAGAAAUUAAUAUCUUGUUCAUUUGUACCUUCAAAAAAAUAAAAAACCUAAAUUUUAUUUUGAAUUGGGCAAGAGUAAUUUCAAUUUUUCCAGUUUCUUAUUUAUUAUUAGAAUUAUUAUAUCAACAGCCAGAUUAACUAAACUGUGCCUUAAAAAACCCCUGAAUUAGAUGUAGUAUGGUAAUAAUUUUAUUUUUAUUGAUGGUUAACACUCUUGGACAUAAUUUUGUGCUCCAUGAGAUAUGCAUGAGGAAAAAUUAUUAGCGAUACAUUAGAAACUAGCCUUAACUGCAACAGAAACAAGGAUCGCUAUUGUAUCUGUAAUUUCCCAACCAUGUACCCAGUAAUUUUACCUAUUACUCUACAACAUGUGAUAAUAGGCCUGACAUAACAUUGCCCUACGUGUUGCUGAUUGAGGGCAUCACUCUCCAUUAACUGUGUUUUACAAUCAAGUUGUAAAACUCUCAUUAUUCCACGAGUGCACAUAUAGUUGGAUAUGAGUUGGCUAUAGUCAUCUAAUAUCCAACAAGUGUGAGUGGAAUAAUAUUGUUUUAUUUAAUCCACGCCCACAAAACAUCGGGAAAUUAUUCUUCCCAACUUUAUUUGUAAAAAUAACCUAUUUUCAGCUUGUCUUUAAUUUUGAGCAGACGCGUACAAUUACCACAUUUGGAGAGCAUGGUACAAUGGCUCAUAUACCAUGAUGGCUAAGCCAAUCAGAGAUGUAGAAUAGCAUUAUCCAAUGAUUCAGUUUUUAAUAAUAAUUAUUAUUUAACAUUUGCUUUGUUUAUCGUAGAUUUUAAAUUUUUCUCUUCCAGGCCAUUGCCUUGGUAUACCUGUCAACAUUUAUCUUUGGAGUAAACAUGUGGAAAGCUGAGAUAGUUGAGGGCUUUCCAUUGUGUCAUGUUUUUCGGUGGACAGUAUAUGGUAUGUCAAAAAAAUCACUAUAAAUAAUAUUAAUUAAUGAAUAGUUUUCAAUUAAUAAAGAGGUGCAUGGAAAAUGGCCCUUGAAGUGACUUGAUCUUAUGACAGAUUCUCUAUAAUUGUCUCAAAAGUAAAUGAAGGGUAGUUUGAAAGGAGAAUCUAGCAGUUGGUCAGGAUCUUAUUAUUGGGUUUUUACUCCACUGAUUCACCCCUUCUGUUCAUUGUAUUCAGAUUGUAAGAACAUCUCAACUGGUUACACUGUUUGAUCCCCUAUCUGUAAGAUUGUUAAGAUUGAGUGAUUAACAUUAUUGUAGUAUAAUGGCAGCCCUCUUGGUUUCAAAUGUACUUAGUGGCCUCUCUCCUAUGCAUUGAUCCUCUUCUUAAAUUAAUUUUGAUACUUGGAUUCAAUUUACCAACAGUUUAUUCCAUCUUCUUUGUAGGUUCCUCUUUCCUAACACUUUCUAUGGCAAUUUACAACUUGUACAAGUAAGUUUAAUUACAUGUAAAAUAGUGUCUUCUCCAGUUAUUUUAUUUUUUCAACUUGUAAAAGGGACCAGUUCCCUAUAAAAUUCAUUGACCCUGCUAGAUUUUUGAGUGAUAUUUAGACUGAAACUUUCUAAGUUACACUCUGUACGAAGCUUCACAAUGUUGGAAAAUUUUAGUAACAUGUGUUUGUACAGUGUGGGAUGUAACCUUGUGCCCUCCACCAUACUGAUGUACCUGUAAAAUUUUGUGACUUGGUGGAGCUACAUCUUUGUUAGUUUUCAACGUAUUCCUCAAACGUUGGUAACGUUGGUUAAGAUGCUCUUUCCAGUGUUGUGGAUGGCUUUUUGCCUGCUACCUACACGUAGUCCAGGUUAAAAGUAUGAAAAAGCUCUGAAAACUAAGGUUUAUUAUUAUUUUAAUUUUAUUCAUUGGUCAGUGUGUUGUACAGUUGUUCAAAACACGCAUGAUCAAAUUAUGAGUGAUGGAAGGUCCAAUGCAAGUUAUCAAAUUGCCUUCUGUGCAUUCCAUUCAUUCUUAGUGGAAGUCCAAAUGAAUGCUAAAAGAAUGCUGGCUACAAUGUACAUACAUACAUAGCCUGAAUUUCGUCCAAUUACUUCGAGUCGUUAUUACUCCCUCAGUAAUGUGUUGCUGAGAGGAGGAAACAACUCAAAGUACUUGAAUGAAAUUCAGGCUACCUACAUACGAUGCAUGCGUAAUAAUAACCUGGAGCUAAUAGGACUGCGGGCUCCUCUUGUCGCUUGCAAUAAUUAGAAAAGUGAGCUUUUCUAUAAAUCAAGUCACAUUCUAACAUUUCUUUUAUUCCCCACUACAUGUACGUAAUGUGCCCAUAAAAUCCAGGCCGGACAUGGCACUUUAUUUAAUGACUCAAGCCCUGUUAAGUUACCGGCAUUCAGCUCAAUUUCCUGUUUCUGUAACUUAAAUUAAAUCCACUUUGAUUAUGUUUUUCUUUUACUAACAGAUUACUUUUAUUAACACUUCACAUUUUUCCACCCAGGGCUCGCAUGUCUAUGACAGACCGUGGCUUAUCAUUCAUGGAAGGCUUCCUUCCCAUGCUCUCAUUUCUUGUAAUGAUUUUUCUGUUUUCUGCCUGGGCUUUCCUGUCUCCUGCUGGCAUCCUAGACCUUCAACCACGCCUUUUUUUCACAGCUACGGGAAUUGUCUUCUCCAACAUGACAGUGAGUAACUAAGAAGCUUGUCAAACAAGAACAAUCGUAAACCAGUAGAUCAAGAUGCAACUAGAUAUUAAACAAGUUAAUUUUGAUACAUUGUUGUACAGUUAAGCCUCAGUGCGUGAUGAUCACACAAACCUUGAUAAAAUAGACUUCUCGAUUAUAUAUCGUCUGAACUAUUUGCUAUGAUUUUCAGCUGGUAGUAAAUUUUUCACAGGUCACAGUUAUUUUUCAGUUAAUGUACAGUGAUGUAUGUGUACGAGUAAUCACAGUCGGGUUUGUUUGUCCUCUCAAGUGAAGACACAAUGAUAAUUUAGUCACGCAAAAUCUACAGUUCAAGUUUCAACAAGUUUUACUUAGUUAUAUGCCUUCUGUGAGGACAUCUAUGGUUGCUGCUGUAUCCAGAACAUAAAAAUGAUCACUUCCGCCCAUAUUUUGCCAUAAUCAUCUUCAAGAUAAAGAGUUCGUCAUUUUAUAUUGUCUAGAAUAAACAAACUCGACCACAGUUUGGCAGAUUUUUAUCACUUGUUUGCCUCCUGAGAAACCUCGUGACAUCGCUUUUAUCCCAUCAGUCCUUAAGUGUGAGCAGAGAUGGCAGGUAUGGUGAAUAAGAUCUGUAUAUCAUACAGCACGCAUCCAGACUCUCAAUUUGUAGUCUGGAUCUCGCUUUCAGCAGGAAUAAUAUCAGGGAAAUGAACAGGGGUGUUGAUUCCAUUGUUUUUUUUAACCUUCCCAGUGCCGACUGAUUGUCAGUACAAUGAGCAGUCAGAGAUGUCAGCCAUUCAAUGUUAUGUUGUAUCCUGUCUGUGGCUUUUUACUGAUUGUACCAUUCAUCAAAUCAGUUGAAAUUGAAGUGGCCCUUCUUGUUGUCUACACUGCUGGAGUAGCCAUUUUCCAUCUUGAUUAUGGCAUAUUUGUGGUAAGUCAUGACUCUGUACUACCAUUAUUUUGUUUCCAUUAGCUCCUUAUUGAUUUGCAUUUUCUGAGUCAUACUCUUUCUAAUUUCUUGUAUUGUUAGAACGUAUUGUAUGCCACAAUUUUUGCAUAAGGAAGGUCACGUGACUGCAAACUGCAAAGGGCCUAUUGAUCACUACAGAAAAUUUCUACUUCUCAUGAUCCUCUGCAUAUGUUGGAUUUUUGAAAACUACAUUUUUUGUACAUGUAACAUGACAUUCUGCCCAGAUAAUUCUUCAUUCGAAUACCAGAAGUUGGCAGUUACAGUGUAUGUUAUGAUGUUAGGGCUUAUGCAACUUUCCUGUAGCCAAAUAAUCACCAACAAUAGAAUGUUUUGUUUAUUAUUUUAUUAUAUUUUAACUCUUUUAUGGGGACAAUAUUUGCAUUACUUGUUAAAAUUGCAAAUAGUGCCCUCAGAUGUGCAAAUAGCCAGAGGCAGAUCCAGAUCUUGCAGGCACGAGGGGGCUCCUCUACCUGAAACAAAGUAACCAAAGUAAAGGGGGGGGGGGGUGGACCCCUCCUCCAGUCAACAGCAUGAAGAAUGCAUUAAUCAAUUGUCAAUAUUAGGUCCUAUAGGGGUAAAGUGAGAGAGGUAUUGUAUUUUGAGGCUUAUGUCUUCUUUCACAGGUUCGUGAACUGUGUGACCACCUUCACAUCAACUGCUUUUCAAUCAGAAGAUCCUGAUGACGACAGGAUUUAAUCAAUAAUUAUAUUAUUAAUUAAUUUAUCUAUCAUCUAGAAUGUGAAAGAAGCUCAUAAGGUCAGUUGGUGACAAGGGAAUAUCAAGGCUGUGCUGUAAGAAAAAUUAUAGGGAGCCCAAUGCUCUGAACCUGUGAAAUCCAGGGUGGGUGCCCAGCAUAUGACUUAUAUGCAAAACUGAGGUUUCCUAGUUGCCCAAGAGCAAAAGUAUAACAGCACCUAGGAACUGGAGCACAGCUCUGACUAUACAAAGAUGUAGAUUUCUCGCUUUUUCCGUGGCUGACAGAACUCCUUCUUUGGUUGUCAUAAUGCCACUAAAGCCGUCAUAAGAGAGACAAAGUUGAGUAAAUAUUGGAACAUACAAACAGGCAAGCUUGCUGGAGAUGCCUGGUGGGUAAUCGUACCUAGAUUGUUUUGCUCACUUAAGUCUUGGCUUUUUCGAAUACAGGCCCAGUAAAAGUUUUAUUUAUGAGUACAGCCAGACGGUGUACUGUUGUCUCCCAAACUUCAUAUGUAUCUUUGAAAAAUACAGAUUCCCUGCAUGGUUUGCAUGUGAAAUCUACAGUAAAAAAACCUAACAACUGAAUUAUCAAUUCUUGAUGAAAUCUCUUAAAAUGUUGGUGUAGAUUAUACUGACAACCAAUGAACAAAAUCAACCUAGACAUUAAUAAUUUUUGACAGGUAAACUCAAUGAUAGGCGAGGCAUUCAUGGUGGUGGCAUUUUAUUUAAAAACAAUCAUGUUGAUUUCAGAGGUGUAGCUAGCAGGAGGCAAGAUGAGAUUUUAAUCCAAAUUUGUUUGUUUGUUUUUCAAACAAAAAAUGUUUAGUUGGUGAAAAUAAUCCCCAGUAUAACAAGGUUUAUUUUCUUUAAGAAAGAACUUAAUGCUGAAAACAGUGUUUCUAGACCCCCUUGGUGGAUUUCUUAUUAGACAAUAACAGGUCUUGCCUUGUUUAAGGGUCUUGCUCUUGUCCAAAGGAUGUUUAUUUUGAAGAGUGAUAAGAGUACAAUAGGUGUAUUUGUUUUCUGUAACAACAAAAACCAUUGUUAAAUUUGAAAUUUGUAGAAUCGUACAGUUAUAUGGUAAUAAAUUAUAUUAUUAUUUUAAUAGAACUGUCACCAAAGUUCCUAUUUAUAAUUAUGACCAAAUGUACGAAUGGCACUUGUAGUUUAUAGAAUGUUUUAUUUAGACUGACUUAAUUUAGGUGCACUUAAGGGGGUUGGGUUGACAGGAUUUCAAGUGCAACUCUUUGUCGUGCAGUGAUUUUGUUACCUCUGCUUUACCUCUGCAUCCUGCAUCCCUGACACACAAAAUCCCCAAAGACAAAAUAAUUCAUGGCAUACAUCCUGUAGGACGUAAAGAUCACCCAAUAUCUGAACGUGUGUAUUUUGUAAAAAUAUCCCGUUCGUGUAAUUUGUGGCAGUUAUUAUGGCUGCUGUUUAAUGAUGCAUAUUUCUUUUAGCCUUGUUGUGCUUCAAAAUAGAAAGACUAUAUUUUAAUUUCAGUGUACUGUAAUACAGAGUUUCAGAGUCUGUCUUCAGAUUAACUGUCUGGUUACAUAAAGGCUGAACUAUUUUCAAAUUUGGACGCGUUUUUUUUUUAAAAAACUACAAUGUAGGACUCAUUGGUUCUGGACUGGGAUUCAUGAUUUUUCACAAGAUAAGUCCCAGGACUCACCAUAACUAUUUGUAACAAAAUCACUGGUCAUGGUAUAAAAAGAUUAAAUUUUGAAAAAAUUAAGGUGUUUCAGACCAUUAAAUUUCACUAUUAUUUUGUAAGCUAAGUGAAAAGUUAGGUGUGGCAAAUGUUAAACUCUGAGACUGCUGCAGAGCAUUAGACUCCAAGAUGGAAAUGAUGACACAAAAUCUAGACCUCAAGAGUGUCCAGGGCUUGAAAAGAGUCCCUUCCAGUAGUCUAAGAUUAGUAGAUUUUCUUGCUGAAGUAACUUUUAACUCUCACUUGCCCAGUGGGCAAGGUUCAACAAAAUGUGAGAGCUGCAUGCCCAAAGGACAAGCUGGAAUUCAAGUUUUUUGAGUCCUGGCAUCUAUUUAACUUGGACAAACCCGUUAGUUCACAGUUUGGGCAAAUGAUAAACCAAAUUCAGGAAAAUUCUUUUCGGCGUUUGCUCUUCUUGUUGCACAAAUCAGUCUCAUAUUUACCAAGAAACAGGUGUAAAAGUCUGAAACUCGUAUCAAAGCUGGGUUUCAAGAAAUGCCACACGAAUGUCUAUUGAACAUUCCAUCUAGGAAGGACAGUGAGUGGUAUUUUGCCAUCCACAA